CCACUUGUUGUAACAUGUGAAAACUGCGACCAGACUGGGUUGUUGUUGUGUUCAACUUCGUGUUGUGAAUUGGAAAUAGGUGCCUAAGAACGUUUAACUUCUUCAAAGAUUCGCUCAUGUCUGAUUGACAAUAUAAUACACUGAAGACCCAUCCAUUUGUUGAAAGCGUUUGUCAAGUAAAUAAGCCGAGAUGUGGAUCCAAGUGAGGAGUUUUGACGGGAAGAAGUCUAUUCGGGUAGAUGGCCUCUCGAAGCUCACGAAAAUUGAGGAACUUCGCGAGAGACUCGUUGAUAAAUUCGACGCACCGCCCGAUCGACAACGCUUGUUCUUUAGGGGAAAGCAGUUGGUUGAUGGCCACUCGCUGUUCGACUAUCAUGUCGGACUUAAUGAGAUUGUUCAGAUUAUGGUGCGUAGUGUACCGCCCCCGUGCGCUGUGGAAGAUAAAUCUGAGGAAGAAAGCAAACCGGAGAGUGGUUUCUGUUCAGAAGUGAGCGACUCCGAGCAAUCUGGAAGCGGGAGCUAUAAUGGAGAGGUAGCCAUGGUAACGGAAGGUCCCUCAAGCAGUGGUGAGGUCAACAAACUCAGAGGUCAAUACAAGGUUGGGGAUAUAGUUGAUGCUAUGGACAUAAGUAUGGGGGCAUGGUUCGAAGCAACCAUAACAAACAUCAGCAUUGCUACUCCUAAAAUAGAUGAGGAACCAAGUGGAAUAGUUGACCAAAACCAAAAUGAACAAACUGAGAGAAAUGGAGCUUCCAGCAAGGAAAAUGAUGAAAAGGAGACUAAGAAAGAGAAAGAUGAAGAUGUAUCUCAAGAAAAAGAAUGUAGAGUGAAUGAAGAUGGAAAGGAAAUACCUGAGGAAUCGUUGAUAUAUCAUGUGAGGUUUGAGGGGUAUGACGAUAAUGAAGUAGCAGACCUUAGCAGCAAGUACAUGCGCCCUCGAGCUCGUACAAUUUUAAAAUGGGAAGAGAUGAAGGUUGGAGACGUGGUGAUGGCAAACUACAACUCCGACGAUCCUAAUGAACGAGGCUUUUGGUAUGAUUUUGAAAUUAAAAGCAUGAAAUCCCGUCGAACCUGCAAUGAGUUAAUUGGCAAUGUACUGCUUGGCCCUGCUGGAGAUGCCCUGCAAGAUUGCAAAAUAAAAUUGACUGAUGAAAUUUAUAAAAUUGAGAAAUAUGGUGAAGUGAGUGUGGAACUUGAAGAUGCCUCUUCAGUAAGAAGAUCCAACCAGCCAGAGUGCAAUCAUUGUAAAGACAACCCCGACAGGAAGUGCAAACAAUGCGCCUGUCAUAAUUGCGGAGGUAAAGACGACCCCGACAAACAACUAAUGUGUGACGAAUGCGACAUGGCGUACCACCUGUACUGUCUUGAUCCCCCGCUCGCUGAACUGCCUGAUGUUGAGGAGUGGUAUUGUCCAUUGUGUAAAAAUGAUGCCAGUGAGGUUGUGCAAGCUGGGCAAAAGCUGAAAGAGAGCAAGAAGAAAGCAAAGAUGGCAUCCUCAAAGUCCUCUUGCAAACGAGACUGGGGAAAGGGCAUGGCCUGUGUCGGUCGUUCAAAGAUUUGUACUAUUGUACCACCAAACCACUUUGGAGAAAUUCCUGGAGUUCAUAUUGGAACAUUGUGGAAAUUCCGAGUUCAGGUCAGUGAAGCAGGUGUACACCGCCCUCAUGUGGCAGGCAUUCACGGCCGAGAAACUGAAGGCGCUUAUUCAAUUGUUUUAGCAGGCGGUUAUGAAGAUGAUGAGGACAAUGGUGAAGAAUUCACAUACACAGGAAGUGGAGGUCGUGACCUUUCUGGAAACAAGCGAACGGCUGAACAGUCAUGUGAUCAAGAAUUGACCAAGAUGAAUCAGGCCCUUGCACGGAAUUGCAACUGCCCGUUGGACAAGGUAAAUGGAGGUUCGGCGAAGGAUUGGCGCUCUGGCAAGUCGGUCCGUGUUGUGCGAAGCUGCAAGGGAAGGAAGCAUUCAAAGUACGCUCCAGAAGAUGGCUGUAGAUAUGAUGGAAUUUACAAGAUAGUGCAAUAUUGGCCGGAAAAGGGGAAAAGUGGAUUUAGAGUGUGGCGAUUCUUGCUUCGUCGUGAUGACGAAAAUCCUGCCCCAUGGACCAAGUCGGGAAAAAAACUGAUUAAAGAACAUGGACUCUCAAUACAGUAUCCUGAAGGCUAUUUAGAAGCAAUGGCUGCAAAAGAGAAGGAAAAAGAACUAAAGAAGAAAGGUAAAUCAAAAGACACAGAUGAGGACACCAAACCCACAACACCAAAGGGCAAAAGAAAGAAAAAUGAAUCAGAGACAUCUUCAACUGGUACACCGGCAAAGAAAAAGAAAACAGAGAGAUCCGCGAUAACGGCGGAGAUGAAGAAAAAAAUUAAAGAAGAUGAAGAGAACUCGAAAUCUUGGAGUGAUGUUGUGGAACAGGUCAAGAAUGGGAAGACCUUUCUGUCUACUGUGGAGGAGGUAUUCAUGUGUGUUUGUUGUCAAGAGUUGGUCUACCAACCUAUCACAACUCCCUGUAAACACAAUGUCUGUAAGGCAUGCUUACAACGAUCAUUCCGUGCUCAAGUCUACAACUGCCCUGCCUGUCGUUAUGACCUGGGAAAAGGCUACAGCAUGGCCCAGAGCAAGGUCUUGGCAUCCAUCCUACGGGAAUUGUUCCCAGGAUAUGAGAAUGGACGUUAAAAAGACAGCCUGGAAUCCUCAGAGACAAAGAUUGUAUGUUGUAUAAGGCCAAGGUUGAUCAUUCAGUUUUACACACAAGUUAUUUAUCUCAACAGGUAACUUUAAUUUAACAAGGUUUAUGUAUGGUUAUUCUAUGAUUGUGUGUUGGUGAAACUGUUCUGACUUGUAUUAAGGCGUUAUUUUAUGUUAAAUCGGUAAAAAUAAUUUGGAGGCAUAUGAUGUUGCUUAUCAAUUUGGUUAAUAUUUCAUUUGAUAAAGUUUUGUAUUCAAACCUAUGAUUAUAAUCUCAUUAACUAUAGGAUAAAAUAUGGUUGCCACAGUCAAUAAGCCUGUAAUUUCUAUUCCUGAGUAUCUCUUGGAGAUGUAAAUAAAAUAAAGCAAAGAAUUAACACAUGAAAUCAAUAGUAAUAAAUGUUUACAUUUUGGAGAGAAUAAUAGGGGAAUAGCCCAUUCGAGUAAUUUAAAAAAAAACUCAUAGUUACUUCAUUAAAACCUUGCUGAUAAAAUAAAAUACAAAUCUAAAAGUCUGAAAAUGAGGAUAAGUGAUACAAAAAUCAGAAAUGCAAGACCUCAUAUUUAAAUUUUUUUUCUUUAUUCAUUAAGAAUCCUUUAUUUUAAUGUGUAAUAGUAAUAAUUCAUCAGCAACCUUUUACACCUCAUGCAUGAAUAUUCCCUUAUAUUUUAUUACAUGUAUCAUUGGACCUACUAACAUGUGCAAGAUGUAAAAAUAUUAUGGAGAUUUGCACUUUAUUGUAACAUAAACUAACCUUGUACUUAAAGUAUUUACAUUGAAGCUGUUUUGUAGUUAAAUUUAGAAUUGUAGAUGAUAAUUGCAUGCCAGCAGCUUUAAAAUAAUAACUGCUAACAAAAUGUAGUUGUUGUAUAUUAAGCACUAUAUUAACAACACUUAACCAAGGCAGGUGAUAAAUGAAAUACACACAAUAACAUUACAAGGAUUAAUUUCUUAGUCUGCCAUCUUGAUGUAUUUUUUCCAAUACUUGUUAGUUACACAAUGUAAUAAAACAAAUAUUGUUAAAUUGGCAGAGCCUAAAUGCAGUAAUAAUUACAAAAGCAACUACUGUAGUUAAAAUAAAUAUUUCUAUUAAUUAAAUUUAACCAUUAGCACAACAAUUAACCAAUGUUUUAUGUAGCUGUAAGUUGAUGAACAAACAUUUUAGCACUCUGGAACAUUGUACACGGCUGAAAAAUGGUUUAGGAAAAAAAAUAUAAUUAGAUUCAAAUGGUUUUUGGAUGGUCAAAUGGUAAAAUUCAAUACAUUUACAUUGUAUAAAUUACAUUGAUAUUGUAUAAGAUAUUGUCAAUGGAGUAUCAUAAGCAACACAUGAAAAUAAGUAGACUACUACUGUAUUGUUUAUUAGCUAGAGAUAUGAAACAAUGUUUCGGUAAAGCUAACACAAUUUUUUUUAAUGCAGUAAAUAAUUAAAAAUUAUUCAGUAGAAAAUGACGCAGGGUUAAGCAAGGGGAUUAGUAGUAGGGAAUAUAGGUUUUUACAGGUAGGUUUUUUAUUAAUACUUCAGAAUAAGAACAUAAUAUAACUUAUAAGCAGUGUUAAGCAGGACAUUGCUUACAUACCAAUUUCAUGAUGGAAUUUUAGAGUUCGUAUAUAUACAUUAGUAUUAUUGUGCCAUACAAUGGCAAUUCCUAUUCAUGUGAAAUUUUACGUAAAUCUAUGCUCUAGGAAGGUACUAAAGUUACGACUGUUGGUUAAUGAAGUUGUUUUCAAAUGAGAUUUCCUAGAAAUGAUUUUUUGAGUUGAGAUGUAAUGUAGAUAAACGUGAAAUAUUAAUUGAAUUGUCAUUAAAACGCACAAUUAACUUAUACAAAAACAUGAUUAUGGAGUUAUAUGGUUCCUGUCCAAUUGUCUUUGAUGUUUGAAUGUUCAAAUAUUUUAUGAAUACUUAUGCUACUCUAAAUAUGGGGAUGUGUAUGUCUCUAUGUGCAUUACAAUGUAUUUUAGGUGCAUGCAAGCUCAUGAAAAAUGUAUAAUUAUUCAAUGCACCUCAACAGUGGCCUGUAAGAUAAGGUAUGCCCAUUCCCAAAUUGUAGACAAUAGAUUGAAUAUUGCAAUAUGUAUUCACCAUUUUUUAAAAGUUGCUUUUUUUGUACUAGCUUUAUUGUUGAAAAGCUUUGUAUUUUGUGAUCAUCAAAUUGUUUUUUUUUUAUAAUGAAAUUGAAGGACCCCAAUAAAUGCUAUUUUAGAUUGAAA